AUACACGAUAACGAGAGCGAUCGAGCGAUUGAAGUAAUUCGAAAGACGAUCAGGAUUCGAAACGGAACGUCCCUCUUGCAAACAUAAUAAUCGAUCGUCGCUAUGUCUAACAAAGAGGAGUCGAAAGACGCGUUAUGGAAGUUGCAAGAGGGAACGUGGACGAUGUUUAUAGCGGAAGUGGUUGGUACCGGGAUAUUAAUUUUCGUUGGUUGUAUGGCGAGCAUCGGUUCAAUGUCGACCGUUUUACCUCCCCCGCUCCAGAUGUCUAUAGCAUUCGGCAUGACCGUGAACCUCAUUAUUAUGAUGUUGGGUCACGUUAGCGGAGCUCAUCUCAAUCCAGCUGUUACGAUCGGUGCGGUCAUCGUAGGCUUAAAAAGUAUUCCUACGGGUACCUUAUACAUAGUGGCACAGUUCAUUGGAGCUACACUGGGAUACGGAGCAUUAAAGAUAGUAACUCCACCGGAAUUAUUUCACGAUGGAAAUCCAAAUUCCACGGUCGGUCUUUGCGUCACCGUUGUUCAUCCGGGCAUAAGUAUCGUUCAGGCUAUACUUAUCGAAGUUCUCUGCACGUCUUUCAUACUUUGCGCUGCUUGUGCGACGUGGGAUCCGAGAUGUUCUCAUACCACCGAUUCCACGGCUAUUAGAUUCGGUUUUUCCGUCGUAGCUAUCUCUUUAGCAGCGGCUCCUUACACGGGAUGCAGCAUGAAUCCAGCACGAACUUUCGGACCUGCGUUUUGGAAUAGCGAUUGGACGAAUCAAUGGGUUUAUUGGUUCGGACCAACAGUCGGAGCAAUGCUUGGAACGUAUACGUAUCAAGUCCUAUUUUUGGAGAAACCGCGAGUAGAAAAAGCUUAUGGAUCAUCGACCGUCGACAUGAAGCUUAUGAAAGAAAUGGAAUCGAUCAAAUUUUCAGAACUCGAAAUUGUCGAUGGAAAUCAAACAUAAAAUAGCGCUCGAAUUAGAUUACUUCAAAAAUAAAUAAUUUUAUCGGAUGCCUUAUCGCAUAAAAAAUGGAAAAGAAACUUUCUCGGAUAUUUUUCUGUUUUAUCUACGCUACGUAAGAGAUCAAAAAAUCAUUCCUAAGCAUUAUACUCAUCGAUACUCUCGAGUGAUUAUACGUAGGUAUAAUCAUUUUCAAGAAGACUUUGCGACGUAGUAUUUGCCUCUUUUGCCAGAUGGCAUUGUUCAGAAUUAUAUAAAGUCAUUGACUAUAUAUAUAUAUAUAUAUAUAUAUAUAUAUAUAUAUAUAUAUAUAUGCAUUUUACAAAAUACACACACACACACAUAUAUGUGCAGACCUAACGAUCUGAUUCUUUGCCGAACCUGCGAAACGUGAACCUACGAACCUACGAAAUUUUUUUUCAAUUUUAUCAAUGAUCGAUCUUUUCAUACAUCUACGAGAUAUAUUAUAGAAAAUAUAAGUUGAAAAACAGAAAGAAAAUUUGCGUUCUCAGUUAUGGAAACUCAAAUAACGAUUAAUGUUUCGAAGUACAUUAUUUAUAAAAAUAAGGGAUGUCGUGGGAGUGAAGAAAGUUACGAUUUUACAUUCGUUUUGUAAAGUUUAUCCUUUUGAAAGAACUCGAUCGUAGGACGUAUAAUUGUCUUUAUAAAUUCAUCAGAGACUAAUGCAAAGUUACGAAGAAUUAUUAAGUCAUUCGAAUGAUCCUAAUAUUAUAAUUCUAAUGUCUACAAAGUUGCAAAUGAUACGUAUUAAGCUUUCGGUCUGAUAUCAACGGAAAGACGAAUAACAACGUGUUUUCUAUAAAUAUACAUAGCUCUCACGUUGCACUUAUCGAUUAGUCGCAGCACCCGUAGGUAGAAUGUUCUGGAACAUCGAGAAGCGCCCGAACGGCUGCGACCUGAAGAUCAUACGUAGAAAAUUUUCAAAUAAAUUCGUACUUGAAUAAUACUUUCAUAAUUUUGUAUAAAAUUGUACGAUAAUAACCGAAUCGAGAAAUAAGUAGAUACGUUGAAUAAAAAUUGGAUUAUUCUUCUUUUUGUUAUCAUUGGCAAAAUAUGAUGUUUCGAUUGAGAAUAAAAUAAUGUUAUAAUUAGCCUUUAAACGAAAUCAUUCAAAUAUUUAUCUAUCGUUUCCUGAAUCAUGUUCUAUGAAGAAGAUCCUUCAUGCAUAACCGUAGAAACUCGUGCAGUUAACAUGUAUGACACACGCAACGAUACUUGUAUCCUACAUUCUAUAUUUAGGCAGAGUUUGCGGCGUUCUACAAACGAGUCUCAAUCUCUACGUGUUAUCGCACUCGUCCACAAAUGUAUACUUUUCUCUUAUUAGACCGUAAUUUGCGAAGGUAUCAAUCGUCGUCUCCACGUCGAUUCUAGACGAUUUUAAUGAUUCAAUUUAAAGCAAAAUAUAAUUUUGAAACGAACGAUCGAUGGACUUGAAAGAUGGAUUCUUUGAUAUAUUAAAGAUCCUUUCUGUUAUAACACAUUCAUCGAGAAGACGGUACUUCCGCUCGUGAGAACGAAAUCUCACGGAUCUUUUCCUGCAGAACGCAGAUGCACAACAUUUUGUAAUACUCUCAAGCGGUCCGGACCCCUGUCUCGUUAUGCAUAAGAAUAAGAAUAUGAGAAUAAUGCGCAUAGAAAAAAUUGUUCGAACGGAGGGAGGUAGACGAGUGGGUCCUCUUCGUUACUUCCAUUCCCACGAAGGAAAUUGCAUCUGAUUAUAGGCACGGAAAUAUCUA